AUUUUUGGUGGUAAAGACGAAUACAGAUUCACAAUACACCAGGACAAUUUUUAUUUAAAUAUCUGCUUUAUCGUGGAGCAUAAGCUGAAACUCAUAGACUUGAAGAUGGCCAGCAGUAUAAAACAAUCACCAUAUAACCUGGAGCGACAAUAUUCGGAAGAUUUUAGUUUAGAAUCAUUUCCAUCAUCUCCAUCUAUAUCCGAAAUUGUUUUAAGAAUCAUCGCUAAGACUAGAAUGAACAACGGUCACUGUUACUUGGGGCUAAAUGAGGAGACUGGGAAGAUUUACAGGCCUAUAACAACAACACAGCCCGGAACUUGCUGUUGGCAUUCAAGCCGAAGUUUCAGUUUACAAAAAUCAUACCUUUUUCGUGUAACUUUCCAUCCCGAUCACCCUAUUGGGUACUCCUUCACUCCGCUUCCUCACAGAUUUGAAGACAUGGUUGUUGAGUCAUUUGUUUCCGAGGAGGAUACCGGGCAAUUUGAUCCACGAUGUCUAUCGAAUGAAGCAAAGCGGGAUGUCGAUGAAAUAUUUUACGGAAUUGAGGAAAAAAGAUAUCUGAAGGAAAAUACAGACUCCCGUUCAACGGGAAUACUGAAAUGUAGUUCCGAAAAUGUUUCCAUAUAUGAUAACAAUUGGCAAAAGAGAAAAUGCAGCAUUAAGAUGGAUUCCGGAAGUUACGAAUUUCCCGUGACAGGGAUUGACAUGGAGAAGAUUCCGGACGAAAGCAAAGAUCUUAUUGUAGUCCUUGGGCUAGCUCGCCCCUACGACAAAGAUGGCGAAUACGAUCCUGCUCGAUGUUACAUUUUGGUCGUUGGUUUAUUCAUUCUGUAAUAACACAC